AUGAUGAGCCUCGAGUUAGCUCAUUUAUUCUCGAAAGGCCCGCAAUGUAGCGUGGAGGAGCGUGUUCAUGCCGAGAAGUGGAACCAAGUAUCCGCAUACCCCCUGAAUGGGGGCGGAGCAGCGCUCAUUCAAGAAGUCAUCAAGCUGAGAUUCGUCUCCCCGGCAAACCAUGCCCACAUACACCCAUGGUUCGCUGCUUUGCAGUGGAUGACGUCGUUGGCGGCCGGCCGACAUCAAUUCACCUUCUUCUCCUUCGGCGAUCGUCGUCCAUAA